AUGACUUCAAAAUCAGCUGUAAUAGCCGUCAUAGGCUCUCUAAAUGUCGAUCUCGUAACCCGCACACCGCGCGUUCCCGUAGGCGGCGAAACGCUGACCAGCGAAGGCUUCUCUAUUGGCUGGGGAGGAAAAGGCGCCAAUCAAGCUGUUGCCUGUGCUCGACUAUCACGGACCCAAGCCCAGGCUCAGUCCUCGUCGCCUUCCGAUGUCGAAGUCCGCAUGGUGGGUGCUGUGGGGGAUGACGAGUUUCAUGAAGGUUUCUUGAAGAGUCUUAAGAAUGAUGGAUUGAAGGUAGAGGGAGUAGAGAUUCUAAAAGGGAAGAAAACGGGAGUUGCAGUCAUCAUUGUCGAAACAGGGACGGGGGAAAAUAGGAUCAUGUUUUGUCCUGGAGCGAACUAUGAUGUUGAGGCUAAAGAUUUGGUGGAUGACGAUGCGAGUGUUGCACUCUUUCAGUUGGAGUUGCCGUUAGAGGUGGUCCUCCACAACAUGAAGACUGCACGACAAAAAGGCGUGGAAACAAUCAUUAACCCCGCACCAGCCAUCCAGCUCCCGGAUGAAGCCUACCAAGGGCUGGGCCACCUUAUUGUCAACGAGACUGAAGCCUCAAUCCUUUCUGGUAUUGAGAACCCUACCUCGUGGGACAAGGUCGCCGCUGUCUUCAUUGCCCGAGGCGUAAAGAAUGUCAUCAUUACUCUAGGAGGCGAGGGUGUCUUCUAUAAAACAGCAGAUCAGCAAUCUAGAAAUGAAUCAGGGGUUAUUGUCCCGGCGCGAAAAGUCAAAGUAAUCGACACGACAGCCGCAGGCGACACCUUCGCCGGGGCCUACACCGUUGCGGUUGCGCGCUGGAAGUCAAUGUCGCACGGAGCCGACUUCGACCUUAAUGUAGCUAUUACACAUGCGAACAGAGCUGCGUCAAUGACGGUGCAGAAAGCGGGCGCACAGUCGAGUAUCCCUUGGGCAGACGAAGUACCAGCAGCGUAG